AUGGUCACACAUCGCCAAAAGCAGUUCGCGAUAAUAGCUUUCGCCAUCAUUUUUCUUCUCACUGUCGAGUACAACAUCCACAAGAAUGUGCGGACGCGCCACCUCAUGGACACUCCAGUCUACCACAACCAUUCAGACGAUUCCCUGGAGCAGCUGCUUGCGCCGAAUCCAACACAUGAACCGACUGAAACGACAUCUUCCACCUAUAGCGCGACUACGGAUUUUUACGACUAUAUCAGGGACAGACUGGAGGAUCUCAUCGAGGCAGGUUUGUUUGACGAUAUAGCGACUGAGACCACCAACGCGGCAGAUGAGACCUUGGUGGAUGGUGGCAUAGCACCGGCCGACACGAGUACUCACAAUUACAUCUUCGACCUUCUGAACCUCGCCACAACGACCUCUGCGGGCCCUCCUACCUUAACAGACGUUACAACAAUACGGUUGGCAACAUCUGUUUGGCAGGGCGAGGGAAAUGGAGACUCAGCCCCAGUGUCAUCUCCCGAAUCGUCAACGUCGGGUACAUCCGAACCAUCACCAACGUCCGAUAUAGCAGAAGCAUGGUCAACGUUGGUUGCAUCGGAGACAUUUGAAACGUCGUCAGCAACUUAUGCCGUGAUAUCACAGCUAUCCUUCGAGACUGUCGCACCACAGCCUAUCGACUACAAACACAGCCGCGCCUUAGUUAUUGCACGCACUUCCAAAGAAGAUAUCUCAUGGAUUGACGGCGUUUUCGGGGAUGAUUCACUCCUGCAAAAGGCCAUAUACACAGUGGACAAGCCGGUCCAGCCAUACGUUCUCCCGGCGAACAAAGGCCACGAAGUGAUGGCGUACCUGACUUUUAUCAUCGACUUCUACGAUGAGUUGCCAGAUAUCUCAAUCUUCAUGCAUGCGCAUCUGGUGGCCUGGCACAACAACGAGCUCCUUGAUAUGAGCUCUGCGGAAAUCCUCAAACAUCUGAACUUUCGGAAAAUCGUUCGUGAUGGAUACGCCAACCUCCGGUGCCACAGGUAUCCAAGCUGUCCGGACCACCUUUUCCCAAUUGCCAAGAACAGCAGCCAGUGGGGGAUCCCCGAAGAGGCCGUCUUUGCGGAGGCGUGGAUGGAGCUGCUGCCGUUCGAAGAGGUGCCGGAAGUGGUGUCGCAGCCAUGCUGCGGGCAAUUCGCGGUGUCUCGGGAGCGCAUCCAGAUGCUCCCCAAAGCGCAGUACGAGCACUUCCGGCGGUGGCUGAUGUACACGACGCUCGAGGACCGGCUGUCCGGGCGGGUGUGGGAGUACAUGUACCAGUACAUCUGGCUCGGAGUGCACCAGCUGUGCCCCAAGGAGCACGCGUGCUACUGCGACCUCUACGGCGUGUGCUUCGGGGGCGAGACGGCGUACGAGGACUACUACGCGAAGAAGGCGCACGUCGACUUGCUGACGCAGAUGAGCGGGAAGCAGGUCGAGGCGGGCGGCAACGCCACCUGGCCGGUCGACUACAAGCACUUGAUUGAGAUGGCGACGGAGGCGGUCAAGGCGGACCUGCGCAAUGCCUUCCUGAGGGGCACCGAUCCGUACAACCGGGCGGUGGAAGUGGGCCGGGAAUGGCAGGCGGGAGAUGGAUUCUAG